AGGUACCUUAGGUAGGUACCUACUCUAUCAUUGUAUUCAUAAUAUCCCCAAGGUAAUUACAUCUCCCUCUCCGGAGAGAGAUACCUACCUGUAGGAGGAGAGAGGUAGGCAUCGGGGGAUCGAGGCAGACGAGAUGCACAGACUUUCGACACACCUACACAGACAUCAUCUCCCAUUGACACAUCCAUCAACAUGUCACCAACACGUUGACAACCGACGACACACCGCAGGUGACUCCGUCCAUGGCGACACGGGCUGGCCAACACACACGCAUAUUGCAUUACAUAUUAUGUAGGCCAUAGGCAUGUCGUCUUGCGGAUUCCGGUCGAGGUCGCCGCAUCUCUUUGCAACCCCCCCGCCUCACCCCCGGUAAUGCUACCUGCUCUUCUCUCGCUGCCCACCACCAUCGCGAUAACCCAUCACGAUUACCAUCACGAUUACCACCACCACCAUCGCCGUCGUCGCCGCCACCGUCACCGGAGCUGCGGCCGCGCUGUCUUGUCGUCGUGGUUACGGCUGCUGGCUGCUCGGACGGCGUGCUGCUGGCCUCGCCUCCUCCUCCGCUGGGCUCUCGAGGAUGAUGAAGAGGAGGAUGCCGAUGGCGAUGCCGCUGGUACUGCUUCUGCCUCUCCCGCUGAUGUAGAAGUUAGAUGCCGAGUUUUUAUCGCUGCCGUUGUCAUCAUCGCUCAUAUCACCACCACCACCGCUGCCGCUGCCGCCGCCGCCGCCGCCGCCGCCACCACCACCACCACCACGGACUGCCGCCAUUACUACGGCAGCCGUCAAGCCCCUACUGCUACCGUUACCAUCGCCAUCGCCAGUAACCAGCACCAACCACUGCCACCUGCUCACCCGCCCGAGUUCGUCGUCAUCACCAACAUCCCCGUCACCACCACCACCGGCACCACUACCACUAUACCCCCUUGCCAACCGGCCCAUCGCCUGUCGUUGCGCCUGCGUGCUGCUCCUCAGCGUCUCGGGAUUGUCGUCGUCUCUGCCUCAUAUCGCGUUCUGGCUCUCUGGUCUUCUCUCUCUGUGCCUCUCUCUCUCUCUUUCUCUCUUACCCCUGCUCCCCCCUAGUUCUUUUCUUGCAUACCGUAUAUUCUUCUUUCUGUUCCUUGAUACCUACAUUGGGCACGUACAUAUAUACCUUCUUACCUGCACCCCGGCUACCAUAUUACUUGCUCAUAUUAUUAUUAUUACUCUUCCUCUGCUUACCAGUGUUACCUCGACCUUGGCUCAUCUUUCCGCUGCUCCUUGCUCCCCCCUCUCUUCCCUCCUGCUCCGUCCCACUUGCGAAAACGAGCCUACAGACAUAUAUACCUAUUCACCAUACACGUAUAGUAGAGAAGGAAUUACCAAAGUGUAGCAUUCUUGUUGUUAUUUUUGUUUUCCCGAGAAGAAGACGAGGAAGAAGAGGAGGGAGAGGAGGAGCAAGAACAAGAAACGAGGCCCAGUCCCGGCUAGCCCGGACGUCCGUCCGCUUGAUCUCUCCUCAGAGGCUACCUUUUUUUUCUUUCUUUCUCUUCUUCUUGACUCCUUUAUUUGUCUCCCCGCUCCCUCUUCUCUUCGUGAACAUAACGGUACCGUGAACUAUUUUAAUCCCCGA